CGCCGCCCCGCCGCAGGCGGAAAAGUUUCUGUGCAGGCGAUCGAGCUCUCGGACGCCGCUCGGGCUACCCGCGCCGCGCCUGGCCGUCCUUCGCUGCUGGCUCUCCCGCUGCGCGCGGGCAUGCGAGGCCUUCGGUGCCGACCCUGAGCGGGCGAGGAGCACGCGGCCGCGAUCGGCGUGUCCAGCCCGGUCCCGGGAGUUCGGUGCUCGUCGGGGGAGGGGAGGAGGGAGAGAGUUGGCACGAGGCUGCGGAGCUCCGGGCCGAUCGGAGGCGGCGGGGAGCGCGGCGAUGGGUGCUCCCAGGCUCCGAGCGGCCGCCGCGGCGGCGCUGGGGCUGCUGCUGUGCGCGGGGCUGGGGCGCACGGGCCCGGCGGAGCGCGGAGGCCACGGGGCGCCGGGGCAGCCCUCGGAGGAUGCUGCACGGCGCCCAUGCCCAGCCGCCUGCCACUGCCUCGGGGACCUGCUAGACUGCAGCCGCCGCCGGCUCGUUCACCUUCCUGAUCCUCUCCCGGCCUGGGUCGCCCGGCUGGACCUCAGUCACAACAGGUUAUCUUCUAUCCAGACAAGUUCCCUGAGCCACCUCCAAAACCUUCGAGAAGUGAAGCUGAAUAACAAUGAACUGGAGACCAUUCCAAACCUGGGACCAGUCUCAGCAAAUAUUAGACAGCUCUCCUUGGCCGGGAACAGCAUUGAUGAAAUCGUCCCUGAGCAGCUGGAAGCCUUUCAGUCCCUUGAGGCCUUGGACCUGAGCAACAACAAUAUUUCAGAACUUAGAACUGCGCUUCCACCCUUACAACUGAAGUAUCUGUAUAUCAAUAGCAACCGAGUUAUGUCCAUGGAACCGGGGUAUUUUGACAACUUGGCAAGCACCCUCCUGGUGCUGAAGCUGAACAGGAAUCGAAUCUCAGCUGUGCCCCCCAAGAUGUUUAAACUGCCCCAGCUGCAGCACCUAGAACUGAACCGAAACAAGAUUAAGAACGUGGACGGACUCACAUUCCAAGGGCUUGGGGCACUGAAGUCUCUGAAAAUGCAAAGAAAUGGAGUAACAAAGCUUAUGGAUGGAGCUUUCUGGGGUCUGAGCAACAUGGAAAUCCUGCAGCUAGACCAUAACAACCUCACUGAGAUCACCAAAGGCUGGCUCUACGGCCUGCUGAUGCUGCGGGAGCUUCAUCUGAGCCAGAAUGCCAUCAACAGGAUCAGCGAGGAUGCCUGGGAGUUCUGCCAGAAACUCAGCGAGCUGGACCUAACUUUCAACCACUUAUCGAGGCUCGACGAUUCCAGUUUCCUUGGCCUAAGUCUGCUAAAUACCCUCCACAUUGGGCACAACCAAGUCAGCUACAUUGCGGAUUGUGCCUUCCGGGGCCUUUCCAGUUUAAAGACUUUGGAUCUGAAAAACAAUGAAAUUUCAUGGACGAUUGAAGACAUGAAUGGAGCCUUCUCUGGGCUGGACAAAUUGAGGCGACUAAUACUCCAGGGAAACCGCAUUCGAUCUAUUACCAAAAAGGCCUUCACUGGUUUGGACGCCCUGGAACACCUCGACCUGAGCGACAACGCCAUCAUGUCUCUGCAGAGCAAUGCGUUCUCCCAAAUGAAGAAACUUCAGCAACUGCACUUGAACACCUCCAGCCUCUUGUGUGACUGCCAGCUGAAGUGGCUCCCGCAGUGGGUGGUGGAGAACAGCUUCCAGAGCUUCGUUAACGCCAGUUGUGCCCACCCUCAGCUGCUGAAGGGGAGGAGUAUUUUUACUGUCAGCCCAGAUGGCUUUGUGUGCGACGAUUUCCCCAAGCCCCAGAUCACGGUUCAACCAGAAACGCAGUCCGCCAUAAAAGGCUCCAACGUGAGUUUCACCUGCUCCGCUGCCAGCAGCAGUGACUCCCCGAUGACGUUUGCGUGGAAAAAAGACAAUGAGCUGCUGCAGGAUGCUGAAAUGGAGAACUACGCACACCUCCGGGCCCAGGGAGGCGAGGUGAUGGAGUACACCACUAUCCUGAGGCUGCACGGUGUAGAAUUCACCAGCGAAGGGAGAUACCAGUGUGUCAUCUCCAACCACUUCGGGUCGUCGUACUCUGUCAAAGCCAAGCUCACCGUAAACAUGUUACCUUCCUUCACCAAGACCCCCAUGGACCUCACCAUCCGUGCGGGGGCCAUGGCCCGCCUGGAGUGUGCCGCCGGGGGACACCCGGCCCCGCAGAUAGCCUGGCAGAAGGAUGGAGGCACGGAUUUCCCAGCUGCCCGGGAGAGGCGCAUGCAUGUGAUGCCGGAGGACGACGUCUUCUUCAUAGUGGACGUGAAGAUUGAGGACAUCGGGGUGUACUGCUGCACGGCUCAGAACAGUGCGGGGAGCGUUUCUGCAAACGCGACCCUGACCGUGCUAGAGACACCAUCAUUUCUGCGGCCUCUGUUAGACAGAACUGUCACCAAGGGAGAAACAGCGGUCCUGCAGUGUAUCGCCGGUGGGAGCCCACCCCCGAGGCUGAACUGGACAAAAGAUGACAGCCCAUUGGUGGUGACCGAGAGGCACUUUUUUGCAGCGGGCAACCAGCUGCUGAUUAUCGUGGACUCAGACGUCAGCGAUGCGGGAAAGUACACGUGUGAAAUGUCCAAUACCCUGGGCACCGAGAGAGGCCACAUGCGCCUCAGCGUGAUUCCUACUCCGACCUGCGACUCCCCUCACAUGACCGCCCCAUCCUUAGACGAUGACGGAUGGGCCACCGUGGGCGUCGUGAUCAUAGCCGUGGUUUGCUGUGUGGUAGGCACAUCCCUCGUGUGGGUGGUCAUCAUCUACCACACAAGGCGCAGGAAUGAGGACUGCAGUAUUACCAACACAGAUGAGACCAAUUUGCCGGCCGAUAUCCCCAGUUAUCUGUCAUCUCAGGGAACAUUAGCUGACAGACAGGAUGGGUACAUCUCCUCAGAGAGCGGAAGUCACCACCAAUUCGUGACGUCUUCAGGAGGUGGAUUUUUCCUACCGCAACAUGACGGUGCUGGGACAUGCCAUAUUGACAACAGCAGUGAGGCCGAUGUGGAAGCUGCCCCCGAUCCGUUCCUCUGCCCCUUUGUGGGCUCCACAGGCCCUGUGUACUUGAAGGGGAGUGUCUAUGGCCCAGAUCCAUUUGAAGUUUAUCUUCCAGGUUGCAGUUCUGACCCCAGGAUAGCCUUGAUGGACCACUGUGAGCCCAGCUACAUGAAGAAGGACUGCUUCCCGUGCGCUCAUCCCUCAGAGGAGCCCUGUGAUCGGAGCCUCAAUAGCAUCCCGUGGCCACACUCAAGAAAGCUCAUGAACUCCAUGUACUCUCAGAAUGAGGGACCUACCAUUCAGACCCUGUGUUUAAACAAGUCCUCCUUGGAUUUUAGUGCAAGUCAGGAACCGGGAUCAGUUACUUCAAGUAACUCUUUCAUGGGUACCUUUGGAAAACCUCUGAGGAGACCUCACCUGGAUGCAUUUUCGAGCUUUGUGAAGCCACCGGACGGUCAGCCGAGGCCCUUUCAUGUGAAAGCAAUUUCCUCUCCCGAGCUGGACUCUGAGUCAGAGGAGGACGAGAAAGACAGGACAGAUUUUCGGGAGGAGACUCACAGGUGUACUUAUCCACAGAUAUCAGACACUUACAGGACUCCAGACUGCCAGCCUUGUGACUCGGGCACCUAGACUGGACGGGAACAAGGGGAGUCGACACACUACCUCAUCUGGGCUUCUAUUUAAGAGACACAGAAUCGAAUCCUAUGUUUUUAAAAUGGACUUACAAAGUUUAAAAAAAGGAAAAAAAAAAAGCUUUAUUUAUACAGAUGAACCAAAAUUACAAAAAGUUAUAAAAAUUUUAUACUGGGAAUAACUUUCAUAUAAAAAUGCGUUUUUAAAAAGUAUUUUAUAACUUCGUUUUAUAUGAAAAAUAUCUUAUGUAAAUUAAUGGCGUAAGUCCAUGACUAUUUUAUGUAUUUUUAUAAAGCCAGAUUUCUUUUUAUUGAGAAUGAGUACUGAAGCCUUUUAAAUAAUCCUGCCUUACCCCCACCCCCCCUUUUUUUUUUGGAUAGAGGCCACUUCAUUCUAUUUUGCACAUUACAUUUAAUAAAAUGUAUCAUUUGGUGCCAAGCCCCAUUUAUACAAUAAUAGAUUUUACCGUUUUCAAUGCGUUUUGGACCUAUUUCAUUUGUAUUAUCACAUGUCAAAUGAAUUAAAAGUUAACGUAUUAAAGUACAGCCAGAGGACCCAUUCAGCCCACCCCACCCCGUGAUGGUUACGAGAUGGACGUCACGCGAUUUGCAGCCACGCACGCUCCAGGAGAAGGAGUUGCAGCCAUCAGGAGCAUAUUCCUAACGUCACAAACAGAAGAGGAUGCAGCCGUCCGGUCACAACUGUCGCUCAAAUGACUCCACAAUCCAUGUUUCCUGAAUAAUUCUAAUGCCUUGUGGCCCAGUACCUAAUGUCUAUCGCAGGAGUUCCCACCCACCAUGGCUUGUGUUAUAGCCAGAAGGCUCUUUAUCUCCUGUCUCUGCUGUGGAAAGGGCCACAGGGAAGGUGAGCUUUCACCCACAGUUAUUGUGGGAUGUCAUCCCACUCUUUCCUGCCCUUACUAGUCUCUAAGGGAUUGUGGUUGGUGUAUACACAGUGCCGUGGUCAGGCUGUGCACAGUGCUUCUAAAGUAUUUUGAAGCAUUUUUAUUUUUUUUAAUGAACAUAUUUUACUGAUUUUGUCAUUGCCAACUCUACUUCGUUGAAAUUUAAGAUAUUGAACCUGUCACCUCAACACUUAUAGUCUUUUAAGGUGUUUGUCUCAAGCAGUAUGAAGGGAGAACGCUACAUCCCAAGCUCAAUCACGAAGGAAGGAAGGAAGGAAGGAAGGAAGGAAGGAAGGAAGGAAGGAAGGAAGGAAGGAAGGAAGGGGAGAUUUUCAACACUACCCUCACUGCGAGCAACAGAACAGAUAAAACUUACUACACUUGACGUCUCUGGGGAUAAAACUGGACAUUUAUUCUUAGGAGACUCUAGUUAGUGCGUGCCAUUUAAAGAAAACACUCCGGCCCAAGAUAAGAUGCCAUGAUGGGAGUUAGUGUAGCAGUACCGAAUUUAAAAUAAUCAAAACUUGAAGAUGUGUGGGUUUCAGCCAUUUGCAUUUUUUUUUAAAGUAAACUAAAAAUAGUACUUGGGAAAGCAGGAUCUUCUGCGAGGACACAGUGGAGGUAAGGUCUUCCUGCUGGGUGUCCUUCUCUAUUGAGAGUCAGGAGCCCAAACCUAGAUCACAGAAAGCUUCCCCUUUCAUUUAGACCUGGGAAUCAAAGACAGGAAGUGCAUCCCUCCCUGGACAACCAGCAACCAGUGGAAGAAUUGAUUUCCUGUGCUUUGUCUUCAUCAAACUCAGAUAAAUUUUGAACCCUUACUGUGAAUUUGUCCACAUAGUUAACCCGACAUGCUCCGAACAUGGGCUUCUUAAUUAUGAACUUCUUUUGAAGGAGUUUUUUUUUUUUUUUCAAAAUUUGGUAGAAAAGUUUAAGUCAAGACCUUAAGCUGAAAUGCUGGAUUAUUGGAUAAAACAGACGACUAGCAGAAUAGAACCCUUGUUGAUUUCACAGAGGGCCCAGGUUCAGUUCCCAGCACCCUCAUGGCGGUUCACGACUAUCUAUAACUCUAGUUCCAGGGGUGUCUGAUGCCCUCUGCUGGUGUUACAAACACCAGACAUACACGGUGCACAGACGUGCUUGUAGGCAAAUUCACACAUGAAAUAAAAAGAAGUCUUUCUUAACACAAGAUGAAACUGGGUUCCUCAACGUAAUUUUACUAUGCUGGUUGGCCAAACUUGUGGAUCAGAUAUGAAUCUUACCUGUCUAGAAAAAGGAGAACCCAGUUCCUCUGACAUCAGCAAGAAGAGUGUACACUGUGUUGAUACCUCCCAUCGGAUGAACAAAUAUGUAGAUAUUAAGUUCUAAAGUAAUAUAAAGGUAAGGGUGAAUAUUAAAUCCCUUGGUCUGCCCAUUUUAUUUUUGUGAUGCUGGGGUUGAACCUAGGGCCUCCAUCAAGUGCCUUAUCACUGAACUGAACCGCCAUCCUAAGGUUUGGUUAACUUCUAAGUAGAAUUCUUAAACUUUCAGCAUAGCUUUUUUCUUGUUUUCUGGUAGAAGAUCACACCUCAUACAAACAUAUCUUCAUAGAUGUUCACAGAACUUCGGUUUCUUUGUCCAUCCCACUCUUGAUGCUAAAGAGAUUUAUUAUGUGUGAUCUUGACCUGUGUAAGAUCUUGGGAUAGCUCUCAACAGCAUCCACAAUUAGAUGUAUGGUUUUCAUUGUCUUCCUACAGAAGAAAGGCACAAAUGAUUUCUCAGAGCAGGGCUGGUCAGUACCUUUCGAAUAUUGGUACAAAAUGGAAAGCGGCUUGGUCUCCACACCCGCUCGGUAAUGGGAGAGAAAUGACUGGAAGCCAGUAUCACAGAUGUGCUGUGAUGUGAUGUCUUGGAAUCUGAGAACUGAAUGUCACGGCAGCAUAUGCCCUCUGUCUCCCCUGAUCUCAGGAUCCGAAAUGAUGAGACUUGUGCAAUAGGAUAAUUUGGAACUUGUAAUUUUUAACACACUGAAGAACACAGUGCCCGGUUCCUCCCAAACAAAAUCAGUCUUCAAAGAGAGGACCACUCCUUCAUGAAUGACUCCAAAAAUAUCUAGUUACCAGAACUUCUCUUUCUUAACAAGGCAUUCAUUAAAUCUGCGUCACACAAGGAUAUGGCAACGUGCUCCGGGAGAUUUCAAAUGUGACCUAAAAACCAUCGGUACAAUCUUUUAAUAGAUUCACUAGAGGGUGUGUACACAUGCAUUUACAGAAUCAUCCCAAUAUCUGGAGUCACUUGUCUUUCUUUUAUUCUUUAAGAAAUUUGAUAGUGGACAGAGUAUCUUUGGCAAAAAGUUUCAUUUUCUGAUAAUUGAUUUUGAUAUUUUGAUGUUUUUUUAAUAUAAUUGAUCAAAUCCAUCCUUACUGUAAAAAUUUCAGGUUCACUUUUUUUCCUACUCACUUCACUUAAUACCAGGGAUCUGAUGCUUGAUCUUAAAUUCCAUAUCAUCUAUCCACGAAUGAAGAAAAAGUUUAACUGAUACUCAUGCAGCUUUUUAUUGUGUUUACUUUAUUAAAGAUUCUUAA